UCUCUUCCAAUCUAAGCAAACCUUAAUCUCAAAAUCUCGUAUUCACUUUCCCUUCUGUUCUUCUCUUCGAAUCACCGACACGAUCGACGGUGAAAUGGACGGCUCAGAUCGUCGACCAAGCGAGAUGUCGACCAGAUCCGACGGCGGAGGAGGGACAAGCAUUCACAUCACGGCGUUAGACGGCAUCGUCAACGUUAAUUCACUGUUCACCUUCGCCGUUUUCUUAGGGUUAGCGUGGAACCCGACCGACGCCAGCGCCACCCUCGCCACGCCGGAGUGCGUCGCCGGAAGCCACGUGGCAGAGGCUCUGGUCUCAUUCCACGUGUACGCCUUCUCCUCCUUCCUCUUCUCCAGCCUGGUGGCGCAGUGCUUGAAGCAAGCCGUUCGGCUGACGCGGUCUCGCCGGAGCGAUCUGAGCCCACUAGCUGUGCGCGUGAAUCGAACUGUGCUGCGAGCCGGGAUCAUGGCUUGCGCCGUCGGCUCGGUGUUCGGCUGUGGGUUCUUGACGCUGGCGCUGGUGAACGUGGUUCAAGUCAAGCUUGGUCGGCUUGGCUGCGGCUCAUCAGUAGCCGUCGGCGCGAUUGUGCCGUUAGUGACUCUGGUGCCGGCGUCAAUGUUUAUAUACACGUUCAUCGUCUUCUAUGCUUUUACUCGCUGAACACUUAUUAGUUUUUACUAUCUUCUUUAAUUUUGUAUUUUUCACAUACGUGUGUGUGUUUUUGUUAUGUUAUGUUGUAUCUCUAUGUUUUGUUAUUGUAUUUUGGUGAGCUUUAUUUUUAAUAAGAUAUUAAUUAUUGAUGUUAUGUUA